AUGUCCAACGUGAUGCCGCCUCCCCAGGGCCAGCCUGGGGCAUUUUCCCCCCACGACCUGGCCGUGGCGGCGGCUGCCGCGCUGCCAGUGUCGGCGUCCCCCUCGAUGGACGCGGUGGACUCGCAAAAUCUCAUUUGCCCCAUCACACAGGAAAUCAUGACCGAUCCUGUGGUAGCCCUGGACGGGCACACGUACGAGCGGUCGGCCAUUCAAACAUGGUUCGCCACUUCGGGCCUGGUGCAGCCGCCGGCCGGCGGAUCGGCCGACGGCGAGGACCCCGCCCCCAAGGCUGUCAUUAGCCCCUUCACACGCGAGAAAUUGGCCAGUCCCAGCCUGGUGCCGAACCUCCGGCUGCGAACCAUCAUCCGCGAGGCCAAUGAGGGGUCCCAGCCGCCCAGUCGGUCCAGUAGCCGGCCCAGCAGCCGCGCCGGCUCGCGCAGCGGCAGCAUGACCGCCCUCCAUACGAUGGCCCUGCGCAAUAGCGCCCAACAAGCGGGCCACGACUUCCCCGUGCCCGGGGCCCGGAGUGAGAGUCUUCUGUCCCGGGGCCCGAGCUUCGGCGGGCCGGUCAUCGGUGGUCUUGGCCACGCGUGCCCCUGCUGCGAUGGGUCCGGCCAGGCAACCAGCUGGGCCCAUGCCGGGCCGGUUCACAUGGCCCGGCCGCUCGGUGCCCUGGGCGAGACCCAGCUAAUGCCCCGGGUGUUUGAGCUCCUCCGCUGCUCGCGCUUCUUUGACGAGUAUCUCCGGCAGCGCUCCUCGCUGGAGGAGACCUUGAUCUUGGUGUCCGGCGCCGCGGUGGAGCGCCUCCUGGAGCGCAGUCGCUCGCGCGGCAAGCUCGGCUCCGGGGAUACCUUCUACGAUGCGGCCAGCUCGCUGGAACAGAUGUCCGUGAGCGGCACCGGCAUGUCACGCCCGCUGGCAGGCGGGGCGUCGGUCUCGGAGCAGCAUGUUGGCUACUCCUCCCCCUUCGGCGGCGGGGGGGCCUUCAUGGCGCUUGGUCAGCGGUCAUCCUCCGCCUCCGCGAUGGGGGCCGAGUCCGGGCUCCAGGGCUCGGCCUCGGGCUUUUCGGUGCCCAGUGCCUAUCGGCUGUGGUCGGAUGACCCGGCCGACGAUGGGGUGGCCCUGCUCCCCCGGCAUUUGGAUGAUGAUGAGCAUCGCCUGCGCCUGGGGCAUGCUUUCCUGAACCGCGACAAGCUGGCCCAUGCGGAGCGUGUGUUCGGCCAUGCGGCCAUCCGUGCCUUGCAAGAUGCCCAGGCCCAGGGGUGGGUGUCCAGCGCGGCCGCCUACCGGGCUCGGCUGUGGCAGGGUGUUUGCCUGCUUCUCAGCCACGAAGUGAAGCAGGCCCACGCGGCCUUGACACUGGCCGAGCGCCUGAUUGACCUGCUGUCGCCGGGCACGGUGGCCCUGGCGGUGCCGGAUUCCGAGUCGGACUCCGAUGAGGAGGACUUCGAUUCCGAGCAGGACGACCACCAUCCAGAUGCCAUGCUCCAGGCUUCGCGCUCCGAGAGCGGGCUUCACCUGGGCGGGGCCGGGCACGCAGUGGACCUGGACAUGAUGGAUCUGGAUGACGCGCAAGCGGUGCCGGUGCGCCUGGCAUCCGGCGGCCCGGAUGCCCCCGUCACCACCUCCACAUCCGGGCCGGCCUCGCACCAGGUUCUGGGCCGGAUUUUGGUGAACAACCGCUCCGGGCAGACCCCCCCGGCGGCUGUUCCCCGUCGGUCCGCGGCCCCCGGCGGUCGCCAGCGCCCGCUGUCCCUGUCGUCGGUGGACACGGCGGCCUCCGGGUCGUCUCCCCUGGCGCGGGAUGGCCUCACUGGCACCGGCGGCCGGCAGCAGCAUACCCACACGUCGGCCCGGCGCCGGACCUCGCGUUCGAGCAUCCAGCGUUCCGGUCCCCUGGCGGCCGAUGCCUCCUUCAUCCGGGGCCUGCUGAGCUCCCUUGAGAAUGACAAGGUCCGCGCGGUGGGCCAUCUGACCGCGGCUCUGAAGCGUGAUGCGCGGGCCCGCGAGCGCAGCAGCAUCGUCAUGGGCCAGCCCCACCUGGACCCGGUUGGGGGAGUUGCCUCGACCGCGGCUUCGGCGGACCCCUCGGUGUCUGGGGUCACGAGCGCCGCGGCCCCGGCGGCCGCUCAGCAGCCGGCCCCGGUGGCAUCCAAGGCGACGCCGUCGGCCCGGGCCGCCGCCUCCGGGACACCCGGUGGUGGCAUUGCCCCCGGUGCCAAGACCCCGGCCAGCGGGGCCCCCAAGCACGCCCAUCCAUCGGCCUCGGGCGCCACCUCGCGUCCGGCCAAGCAGCCGGCCGAGGGUGUCUCCGGGGCCGAGGCCGGUUUCGCGUCCGCCCCUCCGGCCCCCCCGACCACCGGGACGGCUCAACUCCACAGCUACUUGGACUGGAUGGAAAUCGAGCAGCGGGCGGCCGAGGACCACCGAGCUCUGGGCACGGCGGCCGUGGCCAGUCUGCAACAGCAGCAAGUGGCUCCGGCUUCCUCUUCCGCGGGGUCCAGCACGUCGUCGCUGCGUUCGCCCCGCAUGCUCCAUCUGCAGGGGAGCGGCUCGAGCGGGUCGCACAUGGCCGCGGUGCCGGCCGGCGCCGGGGGGCCGCAGUCCCCCCGGGCUGGUGGCAUCACCGGCGGCGAUCCGCUCCUGGCCAAUGGCGAUUGGCAGCGGAUGGGCCCGCCGGUGGACUACGCCACCGAGCACGCGGCUUGGUACCAUCACUUCCGCAGCGUCGAGACCGCGGACGACCGCGCGGCCGUGGACGACAUCAUGGAUUGCCUGCAGCUCGGCUAUGGCCGCCGGCAUGUGGCUCUCGGGAAUUUGGCCUGGACCCUCUUCAACCUGGAGCGGUAUGAGGAGGCGCUGUUUUACUCGAACGAGUCGUUGGCUCUCUGCAACCAGCGUGUGGCCACCAUCGAGACGAAGGCCUCCAUUUUGAAGAAGCUGGACCGCCGCGCCGAGAGCCUCGAGUGCUGGACCGCCAUCCUGGAGCGUCAGCCGGGUCGAGCCGACGCCUAUGUCACUCGGGCAUCUCUCUGGGACGAACCCGACAAGGGCAUCGCGGACUGUCUGGCCGCGCUGCGCCUGUCCCCCGGCUACCCAUAUGCCCGUGCCAUGCUGGCGGCCCUGUACCUGGACAACGGCCGUCUGGACAAGGCCUACGAGAUCGUCGAGAACAUGCCGGAAUCGGAGCUCUCCCGGGCGGGGCGGCUCAUGCACACGGUCCACCGGAUCCGGGCGCAUGCGCGUGCCUUCCACGGGGACCUGGCCGGGUCGCUGAGGGACUUCGCCCUGCUGGCUGAUGCCGGCGAAGUGGCCCCGGAAAGCUAUGACGCGGUGCGCGAAGCGCUGAAUUCCGUUCGCUCCUUCGAGGAGCGUCUUGACCGGGGGACGGCCACGCCACUGGCCGCGGCACCGGCUGUUCGGCGUCUGAUUCGUGAGAUCCGCCGCGCCAACCCGGAUGACUUGAAGGAGGAAGCCUGGCUGACGACCACCCUCGAGCGCAUCGGCGUGGCCGCGCACCCGCUCCCGGGGGGGUAUGCCCCUCCGGCGCUGUCGACCGGUGAUGAUGUGGCCUCCUUCGUGUACUUGUACCACCUGGCCCGGCGGCCGGUCCUGAACGUGGAGCAUGUGGCCCUGACCGCGUCGCGGGCCCUGGCCUACUAUGAGCACGAAGUCCAGACCAACGAAGAUCUGCGCGAGAUCACCCACCUCUGGAAGUUCCUGGUUCACAUGUAGAGAGACGCCCCUUUUCGUGCGGGCCCCUCCCCAUGCCAAGGCCCCGUAGGGGGGCGGGGGGCACGUCCAUGCGUAUAUGUGCGGGCAUCCUGUCGAGCUUCCCUCUCUUUCUGCCAUCUCUCUGCGUCGCUCUGUGGGCGCACACAGGCAUCCGGAGCACAUCUCCUUGUAUAUAGAAGACUGGCGCACACCCGCGCCAUCCUCCUCUCUCCCCCCCCCAGGGCGCGGGCUUCUCGCCCACGCGUAGUAUGACGCUUUCGACUGAAAGUCCGGGCAGCACACCAUAUUGAAAUAUAC